AUGUCCGCCGAAGGCCCCGAAGCAAUCCCCACCUCCGCGGACCCCCGCUCCAAGCGUCCCACAAAGAAGCGCGCCCUCACCCCGACCUCCGCCCAAGCCGCCUCCCUCGAGUCCCUCUUCGCAAAGCCCGACCAAGAGAUCCGCCUGCCGCCUCCCCCCAGCGCACUCGUUCCGGGAAGCAAACGGCCCCCGCCGCCCGAAAUCGUCACAAACGUCCAGGGCUCCAGCGCGGGUGCCGGCUCCGGCGAGUUCCACGUCUACAAGGCCGCCCGCAGGCGCGAGUACGAGCGCCUGAGGGAGAUGGACGAGGAGGUCAAGCGCGAGCGCGAGCAGGCCGAGUUCGAGAAGAGCAGGGCCGAGAAGCUGCGCAGGGACGAGGAGAAGACGAGGAAGAACCGCGAGAAGAGGGAGAAGGCCAAGGCGCGCAAGGCGAAUAAGGGGAAAGGAGGUGAUGCCAAUAGCAACGGCAAUGGCAACACAAAAGGGCCCAGUGGGAAUGCGAAUGCGAAUGGCAAUGGUACGGCGACAUCAGCAGGCCCCGGAUCGGACGAUGCCUCGCGAGAAAAAGGAAAGCCGGAAACGGACGACAACGGGAGGAAUGGCAGUGAUAAUCCGACAACUGCUUCUGCAGAACCUGCGGUUGGCCUCGUCAUUCACGAUGAUGACUGA